AUGGCCCAACACGGCUUCACCCAGUUCGGGUCUGGCCCGACUGCCGGCCACAUCGACCCCAACGACCUGGCCAUGUCGGGCGGAUAUUCCCCGUCCUUUGCCAACAACAACUUCAACACAAACUCCAACACAAACGGCUUCUCGAGUGGCUCGGCCGUAUUCGGCGAUGACGAGCUGCUAGAUGGCCUCCCUUCCGAUGGACAGUCUGGCCUUCAUGGCCAGGGCCAAGAUUUCCACGGCAUGAACAUGGGUUACCAAAACACCUUUCAGUCACACCGCGGUUCUGGAAUCCAAAUCGACCCGUCGCAGAUCAACGGCUACUCCAGCACCCCAGAUGGUGAUCCUAUCCAGAGCCCAUAUGCUUACAAUGCACACUACCGUGCUCUCGGUAACCCUCUGCAGUCACCAUUGUCCUACUCUCAAUCUCCCCUGGCCGCCGCCGACAUGGCAGACGGAAACGAUCCCAACUUCCUCAAUGCCAAGGCAAGAGCCCGCAUGUCCCAGCAGAUGCAACGGAAAGCCUCCAACACCAGGAGCCCGAUGACUCCCAAGACCAACAGCAUGCACAGCAUUCCCAUCGGCCAAGACUCUCCUGGCUUCGGCCCUCAGUCUCUCCGGAAUGACAAGUCACCAUCCGGUCACUGGCUCAACACCCCCAACGGAAGCAUCCCCGCCUCCUUCAAUUCUGGCUUUUCCUCUCCCAUGCAACCAGGCAUGGUGCAAAUUAACGAAGUCAUGAUGAAGGGAGGCACCUCUAUGCCUGCCAAGCUUGGCGUGGGAAAUGCCAUGUCUACCCAAGAGAUGAAGCGGAAGCGUCGUCGCGAGUCGCACAAUCUCGUUGAGCGCCGCCGCCGUGACAACAUCAAUGAGAGAAUCCAGGACCUCAGCAGACUUGUUCCCACGCAUAGAUUGGAGGACGAGAAGAUUCGCAAGCUGAUUUCCAAUGGCACACCCUUGUCGCCCACCCUCACUGGCGUUUCUAGUGCUACAUCUGGUUUGGCCGGGCCUGGUGCCCGGAGAGCCGCCGGCGCUGGAGCUGGAAACAUUACAACCGGCCUGCCGAUUGAGGACAAGGACAAAGGCCCAAACAAGGGUGACAUUCUCAACGGCGCCGUCAGCUGGACGCGAGAUUUGAUGUGGAUGCUGCAUCUCAAAUUGCAGCAGCAGGAAGAACUGAUCAACCACAUUGCCGAAUUGGGCGGCACAAUACCCUUUGAGUCAACCGAUGAUGAGCGCCGGAUGCAGUCUGAGCUCAUGGAUGCUAUUUCUCGAAACGACUCGGGAUCGUUUACCUACACGCGCACCUCUGGUUCUGGCCUUCGCGUACCUCACCACACUGACUACCGCGGCGAACCCACCAACGGCAUGAGCGGCAACCUUGACUCUGUUGGUAUCACUCCGGAGGGAAGUGGUCAUGGUGGACUGCCCGGUGAUCUCGGAGAUGCCGCACAAUUCUGGCAUGACCCCGAUGAUGAUGCCAAUCUCAACUUCAAGGAAGAGGAUGAAUAUGAUAUGGACCUCACACAGUAG